AUGAAAGAACAUGAAAACUCAGACGACCACAGAUAUGCAUGUGCAAAACUGUUGGCCAGAAAGAACGCUAGUGGUAGGGUUUACAAAGGACUUGUCAUUCAAAUGGAAGAAGAAAUUAAAUACUGGCAAGAGAUUUUGAGGCGUGUUAUGGCCGUUGUAAGAUCACUGGCUGUACGUGGAUUGCCAUUUAGAGGUUCGCAGGAAAAAUUUGGAUUGAGAAAUAGUGGGAACUAUAUUAUGUCUCUAGAACUUUUAGCUGAGUUUGAUCCUUUUCUAAACGCACACAUCAAGCGUCAUGGAAAUAAAGGAUGCGGCACAACAUCAUACCUUUCGUCUAAAAUAUGUGAUGAAAUUAUUGACAUCAUGGCUAAAAAGGUCAUUAGUACGAUUGUGACCGAAAUAAAACAAGCCAAAUAUUUUUCUAUUUUUGUAGACUCGACUCCUCAUAUCUGCCACGUAGAACAGCUUUCGUUCAUAGUGCGAUAUGUAUCUAAAAAAGAAUGUCCCGUUGAACGAUUCAUAAGAUUCAUACCAAAAUGUGGCCAUAAAGCUGAAGACAUAGUCACAAUUGUUCUCGAUACAUUGAAAAAUUAUGACUUGGAUAUCGCUGAUUGUCGCGGACAAUCGUAUGAUAAUGCAAGCAACAUGGCGGGUGCAUAUUCGGAUCUUAAGGCGAGAAUAAAAGAAGUGAAUGCUUUGGUACUUUUUGUCUCUUGUUCAGCUCACCCACUAAAUCUGGUAGGAUCGUGUGCUGCUGAAUGUUGUGAGACAUCUAUAUCUUUUUUCAGUAACUUGCAGGCAUUGUACAAUUUUUUUUCGAUCUCGACACACAGGUGGGGAAUUUUAAUAUUAAGACUAAAGCAGAACUCAAAAGUUCUAAAAAGUCUUUCUCAAACUAGGUGGUCUGCUCGAGGUGAUGCUUGUAAAAGUCUUUGUGUCUCCUGGAAUGAAAUCAUGGCAGUUCUUAAAAUCAUCACUUGUGACAUGAGUGAAAAACCAUCAACGCGUUUUGAAGCUUCGGGUCUUCUUAAUCACUUUGACUCACUAGAAAUGUGUUUUCCGACUUUACUGUGGAAUGACGUUCUAGAAAGAUUUAAUAAAGUAAGCAAAUCUCUGCAAUCUAUAAAUAUUGAACUAAGCACUAUUGUUAAACUUUAUCACUCUUUAGUUAUAUACCUUGAAGGUAUACGAAAAGACAGUACAUUCGAUCUAUAUGAAUUAAAAUCUAUAGGAUUAAAUGGCGAACAAAACUAUGCAUAUGAUUUAAAAAGAAAACCUAAACGAAAAGUCUAG